UCGUGUUACUCUGAGGAAAGGGGCGCUAACAUACUUUAAAAGACACGGUGUCCAUUUAUUCAACACUCUUCACAGGACUCGUGUCAAGGCCGUGACGACGUCAACUCUUCAGUUGUCCCUGUCCCGCUGAUUCUUUUGAUGUCUUGUUUCCACCUCAGCGGUGCACAUGAUGGCAGAAGACAGACCGACCAGGAGAUAUCCCCAAAACCUCCAGGGUGUCCUGCAGCUGGCAGUGGAUGUCGGAUCAGCCCCAGAGGGACCUGACUCUUUUCAGCCGAUGUCAGAGGAGAGGAAAAUAUGGCUGAGAGAUGCUCUAGCAGAUGUAUGUAAAGGGCAGAUGGAUGAAGUGGAGCAGAUAAAGCGGUGCUUGGCCGUCUUACGUCGGGAGGAAAUGAGCGAAAAGGAGGGAGAGGAUGAGAGGGAUGAAGAGGAUGAAGAUGAGCGAGUAACAGCCUUUGAGAUCCUGUCAGAGUUGUGUGAGAACCUGGACAAUGCAAGAGACCUAAUGACUCUAGGUGGACUGGAACUGUGUAUCUCCCAGUAUCUGUGUCAUGCCCAAAGUGGCCUGAGGUGGCGUGCUGCCCAGCUCAUUGCUUUCUGUGCUCAGAACAUGCCGCAGGUGCAGGUCUACUUGUUUAGCACCGGGGUUCUGCCGAAGCUGCUGCAGCUGACCGACUCAGACCCCGACUCCACCGUCAGAGUAAAAGCCCUCUACGCUGUGUCGUGUCUGAUUCGAGAGCAGGAGGAAGGGCUCCAGGCGUUCUUGUCCCAUGAUGGCGUCUCAGUGCUGAUGCGAGUCAUGCAAUCGGACAUCGAGAAGCUCAGAACCAAGUCUGCAUUCCUUCUGCUGAACCUGCUGACGUCACAUCCCAAACAGAAAGACACAGCUGUCUCCAUGGGUAUGGUACAGCAGCUGGUAUCGGUUCUCCGCACGCCACACUUACCUUUCCAUGAACACGUGCUUGGCGCCCUUUGCUGUCUGGUGGAAGACUGUCCACAGGGUCUCAAAGACUGCAGGAAUCCUUCUCUGGGUCUGAAGGAGUUACUCAGACAGCGAACCACAGAGCUCCAAGGAAAAGAAGAGAGUCAGGAAGAACUGGCCUUCUGUGAGCAGUUGAAGGUUAUUUGUUUCCCCGGGCAACAGUCGGAUGACAGUGGGAUGGAUCGCUGAAGUCCUAAUGGACUCACCUGUGUUGGUUUCAUUGUGCAAAGAUGUAACGGAACAUUCUCGAUCUGGGUCAUGGAUGUUAAGCAACAUUUUUGUCUGUUAAAACAGAUGCUGUCCAUAUUUUGCAUGUCAUGCAGGAGCUGGAUUUUACUGUGUAAAUAACUAUGUAUAAAAUACUUUUCAAUUCAGCUGUCAUUUUAGUCCAGUGUUUUCAGUUCCUCAUAGUAUCGAACCAAAUACCAAUCCCCAUCACAGGUAGUAUGUAAAGUACUUCCUAUUUUAAAUGUUAAUAGAUACACCCCAAUGUUACAUGUGCAACUUAUCUUUAAUUGUUGUAAGUUAGGUUUGUCUGAAGUCUCUGAGAUAAAGUAUUUUCUCUUUAAUUUGAAUUGAUUGUCUCUAUAAUCAGGACAGAAUUUAGUACAUCCUUGUUUAUUUUAUAACAUUGAUUUAUUAUUGACAAAACAAAUUGGUGUAUUUAUAUACAUAUAAUUAUCUCAUGUGGAAAACAUUGCCACCACAUUCAUGUCAUGCAACAAUAAAAUAUUUUGGCACAAA